UUUAAUGAUGGCGUCGGCGAGCACCGGGAGCCGGGUGUCGUGCGGGAGAGACCUGAGCUGCGUGCCCGAGGUGGCGGACACCCUCGCCGCUGUCGCCAGGCUCGGGUUUGAUUUCCUGUGCAUGCCCUUGUUCCACCCGCGGUUCCGUCGGGAGUUUGAUCUGGACCCGGCGCGGGCUCGUCACGGGGCACACACCCGUUCGGACCUGCUGCUGUGUGGGCGAGACUGGAACACGCUGAUUGUGGGCAAGCUGUCGCCAUGGAUACAGACCGAUUCCGAGGUGGAGACGGAGCGCAAGAACUCCGAGUCGGCCCUGGUGCAGGAGCUGAAUUUCUCGGCGUACCUGGGUCUGCCGGCCUUCAUGAUCUCCCUGAAGGGUCCCCACUGCGCCAACUUGGCCCGCAUACUGCUCAACCACAUCCACACCGGACACCACUCCUGCAUGUUCUGGAUUCGUGUGCCGCUGUUGGCCCCUGAGGGUGUGCGUGAUGACAUCAUUGAAAACGAGCCAGUCAAACACACGGAUGAUGGCGGUGCUGACGAGAAGACCUGGGCUUGGUGGCAUUCCUUCCGCACACUCUGUGACUACAACAAGAGGAUCUGCCUGGCCAUUGAAAUCGGCGCAGACAUGCCCUCUGACUCUGUGAUUGACAAAUGGCUUGGGGAACCAAUCAAAGCAGCCAUUCUACCCACCAGCAUCUUCCUAACCAAUAAGAAAGGGUUUCCUGUCCUGUCCAAGGCCCACCAGCGAAUCAUAUUCCGUCUUUUUAAGCUGGAAGCUCAGUUCAUCUUCACAGGGACCAGCCGGCACAGUGAGAAGGAUUUCCGCUCCUACCUGCAGUACCUGGAGUACCUGAACCAGAACCGGCCUGCCCCCAACUCCUACGAGCUCUUCGCCAAGGGCUACGAGGACUACCUCCAGUCCCCGCUGCAGCCUCUCAUGGAUAAUCUUGAAUCCCAGACGUAUGAAGUCUUUGAGAAAGAUCCCAUUAAAUACUCCCAGUACCAGCAGGCUGUGUACAAGUGUCUGCUGGACAGAGUGCCAGAGGAGGAGAAGGACACCAAUGUGCAGGUUUUGAUGGUGCUGGGGGCGGGGCGUGGCCCCCUGGUAAACGCCUCCUUGCGUGCGGCGAAGCAGGCGGAUCGGAAGCUCAGGGUCUACGCCGUGGAAAAGAACCCCAACGCGGUCAUCACGCUGGAAAACUGGCGGUUCGAGGAGUGGGGAGAUCAGGUGACCGUGGUGUCAUGUGACAUGCGGGAAUGGGCAGCGCCAGAGAAGGCUGACAUCAUCGUUAGCGAGCUGCUGGGGUCCUUCGGGGACAACGAGCUGUCCCCAGAAUGCCUGGAUGGAGCACAGCACUUCCUGAAGGAUGACGGGGUGAGCAUCCCGUGCUCCUACACCUCCUUCCUGGCCCCCCUGUCCUCCUCUAAGCUGUAUAACGAGGUGCGGGGGUGCAGAGAGCGGGACAAGGACCCCGAGUGUCACUUUGAGACCCCCUACGUGGUGCGGCUGCACAACUUCCACCAGCUGGCCGACCCCAAGCCCUGCUUCACCUUCACACACCCGUCUACAGAUAUGAAUAAUAACAGGUAUCAGUGCCUCCGGUUCUCGGUGCAGUGUAACUCGGUGCUUCACGGCUUCGCUGGAUACUUCGAGACCACUCUGUACGGAGACGUCACACUCAGUAUUAAACCAGAGACACACUCCCCCGGAAUGUUCUCCUGGUUCCCCAUCCUGUUUCCACUCAAACAGCCCAUUCCCCUGUCGCGGGGUGAUGAUGUCAGCGUGAGGUUCUGGAGGUGUAAUAAUGGGAAGAAGGUGUGGUAUGAGUGGGCUGUGACUGAGCCCGUCUGCUCCGCCAUCCACAACCCAGCGGGCCGGUCCUACACCAUCGGCCUGUAGAGAGAGCGCUAGCGCACACACACACACACACACACACACACACACACACACACACAC